AUGUCAAAGACGGAAUUGGAAGGCAUCUUCGCCAAGUAUGGCGCUGUAAUAGGAAUCUCGGUCCACAAGGGUUACGCUUUUAUUCAGUACGCCAAUGAAACAAGUGCGAGAGCUGCUGUCCUAGGCGAAGAUUCCAAACCAUAUUAUAACAUGGCUCUGGUGAAGGAUGCCCGGGAGCGUCCCAAUGUGUGGAAAAUACAAUUUGAUGAACUGCGAGCGGCCGCACAGUGUCAUCAAUGGCCAACAGAUGAGGAUGUCGUUGAUGUUGAAGCCGGGUGGGCUCAGUUCAAGAACAUCAUCAAUCUAGUCAAGUUCGUACCACCCUACCACCUCCUGGAUCAAGGAACGCUAAAGGAUGAUCCAGGUGAACAGGCAGAUAUAUUCGCGCGGCAUUACGAAUCAGUUUACGAGUCAGAGGAACUGUUACCUGAAGGUUUGCACACUCAGGACCCUAAUUCACCCGUUUUGGCUGUCCCGGAGUUUAACCCAUGUGAAGUGCAGGUUACCCUGGAGAACCUGAACACCGACCAAUCCCCCGGUCCGGACGGAUUGCACCCUUAG